CCGCCCCCCUGAAUCAAAACCCAACCUACCAUUCUGCAAAACACACACACACACACAAAAACUCACACAGUAACAACAAUGGAAGAACCCAAAAAUAACCCAGUUCACGAAGAUGAAGAAGAGAGAGAAAAGAACCCUAUUAUUCUUUUCUUCACCAGCGUCCUCAGUUCAAUCAAACUCCCUUUCCCACCGCCGAAGACGAACGCCGUCAAAGUUGAGCCAGCCGCCCCUCAAGCCGCCGAGCCGAUUGCGAUCAAGCCAGCCGCCGUCGAAAUUGAAACCGAAAAGCCCGUCGCCGUGACCUUUCCGAAGCAGAGCUUCGCUCCGUUGAAGCUCGAAGCCGAGUCGGAGGAAGCCGAGCGGAGCACCAAUCCAGUGUUUCUGUGGCAGGUAUAUGCGGUUGGAGGAUUUGUGGUGUUGAGGUGGGCUUGGAAGAGAUGGAACGAAAGGAAGGGACAAAAGAAGCCGGACGACGACGAGCCUCCUCCGGCGCAUGAUUAAGCCGUUUGAUCGUUUUGGGAAAAUUCGCAAGUUUUUUUUUUACUUUUACUUGUAAUCAUUAAUGUACCUUUUAUUCCUACAAGAAAUAUUGCAGUUCUUUACUUAAGUGAAAAUACUAAGGUUUCCGGAAAAUGCUCUUGUCAAGGUUCUUUUUUUUUUUUAUUCCCAAAUGCCCCCCGUUUUUUUAUUUUUCCUUCACGUUAUACUUUGCAAUCUGCUUGUAAUCGUUUUUUUUUUCACAGAAUCGUUGGCUCAAUGGAUUUUUGUCGAUCU